UGUUGGGAGUAAAGCUGUGCUGUGAACAAGGCGAGCUGAAAGAAAACCCUCUUGCGACCCAAAGAUGCCUAAAUUCAUUGUUAACACAAAUAUAAGCAAGGACAAAGUUCCCGAGUCUUUCACAGGAGAGCUCACCCAGCAGUUAUCAAAGGCAAUGGGAAAACCAGCACAGUAUCUAGCAAUACAGAUCUCUCCUGAUCAGGUGAUGUCCUUCGGCGGCUCCACAGACCCCUGUGCUAUGUGCUUUCUUUACAGCAUUGGGAAGAUAGGAGAGCAGGAGAACAAGGUCUACUCCAAAUUGCUCUGUGACCUGCUGAAUAAACAGCUGAAAAUACCAUCUGACAGAAUUUAUGUCAGCUUCUUUGAGAUCAGUGCUGCCAACGUGGGCUGGAACAACACCACCUUUGCUUGA